CCCGCGAGGCGUCGCCCGCGGCCAGCCGAGGGCGUGCCGAUGCGGGAGCUCCGGACGUGAGGCAUGAGCGGCGCCCUCCCCCGGCCCGCGCGCGUCCUGCCGCCUCCCGGAGCGAGGGUCUCACGACCCGGGGCACUGGGACACGGACGCCGCCGACGCCGCCUUCGGCGCGGGCAGCGGGAGCCGCGCGCACCCCCGGGCGCUGGCGGCCGAGGAGAUCCGGCAGAUGCUGGAGGGCAAGCCGCUGGCCGACAAGAUGCGUCCCGACACCCUGCAGGACUACAUCGGGCAGAGCAGGGCCGUGGGGCAGGAGACGCUGCUGCGCUCGCUGCUGGAGACCAACGAGAUCCCCUCGCUUAUUCUGUGGGGGCCGCCCGGCUGCGGCAAGACUACCUUGGCUCACAUCAUAGCCAACAACAGCAAGAAGCAUAGCAUAAGGUUUGUGACACUGUCCGCAACAAAUGCCAAGACAAAUGAUGUGCGAGAUGUCAUAAAACAAGCUCAAAAUGAAAAGAGCUUUUUCAAAAGGAAAACCAUCCUUUUUAUUGAUGAGAUUCAUCGGUUCAAUAAAUCUCAGCAGGACACUUUCCUUCCUCACGUGGAAUGUGGGACGCUCACCCUGAUUGGGGCCACCACUGAAAACCCUUCCUUCCAGGUCAAUGCGGCUCUUUUAAGCCGCUGUCGGGUGAUUGUGUUAGAGAAGCUUCCAGUCGAGGCGAUGGUGACUAUUCUAAUGCGCGCAAUCAACUCCCUAGGAAUCCAUGUCCUGGACUCCAGCCGUCCCACCGACCCUCUGAGCCACAGCAGCAACAGCAGCUCUGAGCCCUCGGUGUUCAUAGAGGACAAAGCGGUAGACACUCUGGCUUACCUCAGUGAUGGAGAUGCCCGCACUGGCUUGAAUGGACUGCAGCUGGCGGUGCUGGCCAGGUUAAGCUCCAGGAAGAUGUUCUGUAAGAAGAGUGGGCAGACGUACUCCCCAAGCAGAGUUCUGAUUACUGAGAAUGACGUGAAGGAAGGGCUGCAGCGAUCCCACAUCUUAUAUGACCGGGCCGGGGAAGAGCACUACAACUGCAUCUCCGCCCUGCACAAGGCCAUGCGCGGCUCCGACCAGAACGCCUCGCUCUACUGGCUGGCGCGCAUGCUCGAGGGAGGCGAGGACCCGCUGUACGUGGCCAGGAGGCUGGUGAGGUUUGCCAGCGAGGACAUCGGCCUGGCAGACCCGUCUGCAUUGACACAAGCAGUUGCUGCCUACCAAGGCUGCCACUUUAUAGGCAUGCCAGAGUGCGAGGUGCUCCUGGCCCAGUGUGUGGUCUACUUCGCCAGAGCCCCAAAGUCCAUCGAGGUGUACAGCGCUUACAACAACGUCAAAGCCUGCUUGCGGAACCACCAGGGCCCGCUGCCCCCGGUGCCCCUGCACCUGAGGAACGCACCCACCCGGCUCAUGAAGGACCUGGGCUACGGCAAGGGCUACAAGUACAACCCUAUGUACAGCGAGCCGGUGGAGCAGGAGUACCUGCCCGAGGAGCUGAGGGGCGUCGACUUCUUCAAGCAGAGGCGGUGCUGACUUGGGGCUGUGCCCACUGAAAGGUGCUGCUUCUGAGCGGGGGCCGGAGGGUGAGCCGCUGUGGUGCCCGCGGCUGCCUGCUGCAGGUUAAGACAGACCAGCACUCCGUGCCGGAAGUCUAAGUGUCCCAUGGGUGGAGGCGGAUCCUUCAACUAAACGUGUCACAUUGAAAUUGUGUUCAUUUGCACCUCGUGCAAUGGUUAUGCUUAUGAAAUAUCUGGCAGCUUUGUGCAAUGAUUAAUGUUAUAAGGAAUUAUCUAUUUUGUCAUAGUAUUUAAGUCAUAAUGUCAUUUCAGAAUUCAGUUAAGUAGGAUUUUUUUUCUUUAAAAAAAUGUAUAUUCUGGGUAGUUUCAAUUGGUAAAAAAAUGUAAUUGUGAUUUAAUACUGCAUAGUGUUUUGGGUAUUUUUUUUAUAUGCAAAGGUCUUAUGAGCCAAUAAAACUAUUUCAAAGUA